AUGUCAGCAACGGCAUCAUGUCCAGUGACUACCCUGGCCCUUGGCUACACCAGCACAGAGAAUGGGCCUGUCUUCGACUGCAUCACCCCUUGUGAGGACGCCACCGUGACGUUUGGGCGUAACGUCAUCACCGACAACAGUAGCGUCCACUCUGCAACUGACACUCCUCUUAGUUUCCGUCACCAUGGCAACGGAUACUAUUCUGCAUCUCUGAAUACAUCUUCACAUCAAUCUUACGGUGUAGUCUACUGCGCAGUGACAUCACAAGAUGAGCAAAGCUCAGUGGUACCUACGAUCUUUGUCAGAUCUGAUGCAAGGUUUAUUCCAACAAACGGUAGAUUUACCAAAACCGUCAACAAGGGUGAUGUGAACGUGACCAUAUAUUUCACGGAGAUUACUCCGACUGAAGCAGUCAAGAUCUGGAGGUUCCACCCAUCAUCGGAUUCCUCACAGUCAUCUCUUCUCAUUACCUCACCUUCCAAUGUAUCUUCGACAGUCUACGCCAUCCCAGGAGAGGUAGACGUCUCCCAUGCUGGGGUCUAUGAGCUUCACCUGGAUGGCGAGAGGCACCUGUCUCGUGCAGGAUUGAUGAGACUCCUUGUUAGAGCUUGUCCUGCGGGUCGUUAUAACGUCUCGAGUGGGUGUGUUCAUACGUGUUCAUCGUGCUAUAAUGGAGGAAUAUGUCACGACCUAACAGGAAAAUGUAUUUGUGCCAUAGGAUUUCGUGGAGAUAACUGUCAAAUUAUUGCUGCUUGCAAUGAAAAGGUUCAUGGUAGUUGUGGAUGGAUUCAUCAUGGAUUUCAAUUCUGUACUCUUGAUCCCUAUGGAUGUUCAUGUUUACCAGGAUACAAAGGAUUGGACUGUUCAACAGAAUGUGACCAGGGAGAGUUUGGUGCAAGUUGUGGACAGAAAUGUCACUGUAUGUCAGGGGAGUGUGAUCCAUUUAGUGGGAUUUGUACCCGAGUAUCGGACGAAUGUGAACAGGGUUGGGCAGGUCUGAAUUGUCAAGAAUGCCAAAUCGGACGUUAUGGACCAAAUUGCAUCUGUAAGUAUCAUGACUAUACUACUCUUAAGAAAAAAAAAACAGUAAAAAUUCAAGCAUUUACCUUGGCGUACGAAAAACCCAACAGGGGAGAGUCCUCCCGGUUCUCUUGUAUCAUCGAAAGGACUGUAAAUCUAAUCUCUACAGCACAACCAGUCUUCGAGCUCUACAGAAAACUCGGCAAUCACUCAUUCAACCAGAUAAACAUCACUCCUGAUAAAAACGGUGCAAAUAAUCGCAUUCAAGAAGCGAGAUUUUUGGUUGAUAAUGUGGUCAGACAGGAAGUGUUUUACUGCACUCUCUUCGAUGUCAGCCGCUACAGGACUGAGGAUCUGUUGGCUGAUGACCCUUUCAUUCCACCCGAGAUUCCGAGUCCGCCUAUUGUGAGCAGAUCGACCAAUGACUCCGUUUACCUGGUAUGGCACCCAUGGAAUGCUACAACGGAUGUGGGUGAUCCUCCUCUCAUGGGGUAUAGAGUCUUCUACAGGAUGACCAGUUCCCUGUCACAUGACUUUCAAGAACUGGUCAAGACUGAGCUCCCAGAACCAUCCGCAACAGUGGCUGGUCUAACUCCUGAUACGGACUAUGUAUUUGGUGUGGCAGCGGUGAGGCCUGGACCAGGUGGCCAAGGAACCAGACUGGAUGUUCGAGGUAGAACGAAGUGUUUAUCUCCUUCUGGAAUACCAAUGUCGUUUUCUAUUUCUCCAUCCAAACUUCCAGGAACCAUUCUACUCACGUGGCAGAAUCCGCCAUCUGCCAACGCCAAUUGUCGAAGCGGGUACACAGGUGUAAGGAUCUACUGGGAAGCCGUUAGAUCUGCGUCAACUCAUGCUGGAUACACAGACGCUCACAUUGGCGCGUCUGACGGUUACUCCUUGACUGUACUGGAUGUCAAUACGAGGUAUGUGCUCUUUGCUUCUAUGAUGAACCGAGAUGGGGAAGGUCCAAGGAGUCAACAAUUAGAGUCUUUAGUUGCUAAAAAGGGUGAGCACUCUAUUUUUAUUAAAAAAAUAUUACAAAUUUUAAUCUAAUUUUGGAAAUGAUACACAAGUGAUACUGUGAAUAAUGAGCAUGCUAUGAAGGUAAUACGUUUAUCCGCAUUUUCACUCAACGUGUAACGAUUAUGCUCCUCAUUAAUUUUUGUACAAUAUAUCAAACCGCUGAUGACGUGUCUAAUAG